AUGACGUUUUGUGGGGGCGUCAUAGAGCGCGUGAGGCGCCAAAUAGAGCGGGAGACUUCAGCGGGAGACACCACCCCACAUGAACGGCAUCGCACCCUCAAAAGGGACAAUUUGCAGGAGGGCACGUUAAUGUGGCUUGCCCCCGCCAAGGUUCCGUCAGGUGACAAGAAAAUGGCAGUUCGUCUCUCCCGCGGGGUGAAGCACCCGCUGAGCCUGAAUGAGUCCCAGUUGUUUGCCAACACACCGUAUGCACGCGGAUUUAGUGAGUACAUCUACGAGGGUCAGCUGAGGCGGAUUAAAGAGAUGGAGGAUCAGGCAGAUCCUCGUGGUGCCGUGCGGCAAGGGCACGGGGUGCUUAGUUAUCCCAAUGGUGCUUAUUAUGAGGGAAACUGGCGCCACAGUAAGCGCCAUGGCACAGGUUGUAUCACUAGCGCCAACGGAUACAAAUACACGGGCGAAUGGUGUGACGACGUACGAGAGGGAAGUGGCUACGAAGUAUUUGCAUGUGGGGCGGCCAUUGACGCAAACUAUGCGAAUGGUCUCCCUGAAGGGGAAGGUGUUGUGAUGUACAGCCCCAAACAAAAUGCUUAUCGUUACGAGGGUGGGUGGCAAAACGGUAAACGCCACGGGAGAGGAGUUAUUUUUUAUGCGAAUGGGGAUACUUUUGGCUGUACAUUUGAGCAAGCCAAGCGACACGGACGUGGUGUGACGACUCAAACGGUAAACGGGAGGGAGAUUCAGUAUGAGACCCAGUGGCGGGACGACAAACUUGUCGGCACUCCAAGGUUGAUACCAAAGGCUCUUCGUACAAGGAAACCAGUUUCUUUUAUUCCGUUUCGAACAACAGGUUAUUUGUCGCCUGUGGACAUCAUUAAUUGGACGGUAAAGGAGGGAACGCUGAAUCUCCCCUUUGAACACUUUAUGCAGCUAAAGCUAGGCUUUGAGGCUUUGGACGUAGUGGGGUGCGGAGUGCUUCCAAUGAGGGAGCUCCGUGCUGUAUGGCCUGAAAGCAAUAUGGAAAUGCUACGUAAGUUUGACUCGGAUGAGAAGGAAAGUGUGGAGUUGCUUGAUAUUGUCUGUGCCUGGUAUCCAAAGGUCUCGCCACAUGUCAUUGCCCGCAUGAUGCAGGAGUUUAUCUCACCGUUUGAUCUUUUUUCUCUGAGGGGGUACCUUAACGGCGUUGAGAAUGCCGAUGGCAUGGGUUAUUACCACGUCUGUGGUGACGCACUCCCGUCAAGCGGGACGGAAGGCCAUCGGCCAGCGUUGCACUUUCGAGAUCUAGAGUCCACCGGGUUCCGCAUCGGCGGGGAGAAGUUUACAGCCGCCGACUACGCCGCUGCCUCUCGGCUGCAUGACCCACCGUACUUUAUUGAUGUGUUAGCGGUGUGGUAUCCGAAUAUUUUACGUGUGGUCUUAGAGCAGUAUGAGAUGGAGGAGGUUGACAGUGACAUUUUGGACGCCAUACGGGUUGAUUUUGACCGCUAUGCGCAUCCAUCCGCGGACUCCAGUAAUUAUUUGUUGAUCGAAGACUUCGCUCAGGCGGAGGUCGCCUAUCGCAUUAAGUUGUGUGCUGCCUAUAAGAAUAAUGAACGCAUGCAGGGCACUAUGCAUUCAAGUUUUACCGUUGCCCCUGCCACGGCCGUCACAGCACCCUCUUUGGGGUUCAAUCCAAACCCUGCGCUUGCUUACGGCAGCGCCAUUGAGACUGAUAUGCGUCAAGGGUUUUUUAAAGGAACUCCUGUGUGGAUUCUUGCUAACCGGAUACGUCUGAACGUGCCGCUGCUUCUUGGGAUUGAGAGAUUCCAUGUGCGUCAGAAGGGUCGUGUCACACUUGAUGAACUGCUUCGUUUCUGCUUCCCUAACGUUCCCUGUUUGUGCACGCAGGAAACCAUUUUAGGCAGCUUUAGCGAAACAGUUUGCAGAUGUAGUCUCUGCAACGCAGCGAGGAGGUAG